ACGCACACACACACACACAGUCCGUCCGCUUCUUUGCCAUGAGUGCGUCAAGUUUCAGGGACUGCCAGGCAUGGAGGUCCGAGGGUCUUCCACUGUCCACCAGCAGUAAUGAAGCCUGCAAAUUGUAUGACGCCAUACUCACUCAGUAUGUGACAUGGCGUAACGAUGAAACUCUGGGAGGACUUGAGGGAUGCAUCUCAGCUAUUAAGGAAGCUGAUCCUGAUUUUGUCAUGGGUCAUGUGAUCAGCACGGGGCUGGAACUGAUUGGAACAGGAACCUCCAUUCGGCUGAACGAGCGUCUGGCCAGUGCUGUGAGGCGAACUGUGGAACUGGCCAACAGCCAGGACCUCACGCCCAGAGAGAGGCUCCACGUCCAGGCUAUUGAGCUCUUCUCAAGUGGAAACUUUCCCAAAGCCUGUGAAGUGUGGGAUGACAUUCUCUUGGAUCACCCCACUGACUUUCUGGCUCUUAAGUUUGCUCAUGACAGCUACUUCUACAUGGGAGCUCAAAUUCCGAUGAGGAAUUCAGUAGCUCGGGUUCUGCCCUACUGGAAGCCCCAUUUCCCUCUGUUCAGCUAUCUGAAAGGAAUAUAUUCCUUUGGCCUCAUGGAGACUCGUUUCUACGACCAGGCUUAUAAAACAGCCAUAGAGGGUCUUACCUUGACUCCAGAAGAUGCAUGGAGCGUGCACUCAGUUGCUCAUGUGCACGAGAUGAGGGCUGAGAUCGACAAAGGACUGCAGUUUAUGAAGAGUACAGAGAAAAACUGGCAGAACUCUGACAUGCUGGCCAGUCAUAACUAUUGGCACUGGGCGCUGUACUUCAUUGAGAAGGGUCAAUACGAAGCUGCUGUGGAACUGUACAAUAAUCAGGUGUUCAGGCGUUGUAAGGCCUCCGGAUCCAUGCUGGACACUGUAGAUGCCUGUUCAUUGCUGUGGAGACUGGAAAUGGAGGGUGUGUGUGUGAAGGACCGUUGGCGUGAGCUGCUGCAGGUGACUCUGCCACACACUGACGAUCACGUGACCAUAUUUAACGACCUCCACUUCCUCAUGGUGUCGCUGGGAGCUAAAGAGACGGAAGCCUCUCAGCGCCUGCUGGAAGGCCUCAAGGAGCUGUCCAAAGAUCCUGGAGACAAUCAGCAACACCAGGUGGCUAACACAGUCGGGGUAGAUAUGUGUCAGGCCAUGGUGGAGUACAACCGCGGAAACUUCAGUCUUGCUGUGGAGCUACUGCAGCCUGUGCGCUACCGAAUGGUGGAAAUAGGAGGCAGUGAUGCACAAAGGGAUAUUUUCAAUCAACUACUUAUUCAUGCAGCCUUGAAGUCAGAGAAGACGUACCACCACAAACUGGGAAGGUGUCUUCUGGUGGAGCGCGAUUCUGUGAGGCCGAACUCGCCGCUGACUGAUCGGCUGAUGCAGAGAGCCCUGGCGCUCCACAUCUAGGCUCAUGAGGUGCACAGAGGUGCUUUUCUUAAAAAAAAAAAAAAGAAAUCAUCAAAGUGAUGCUGUGAUCUGCUGGUGUUUACUUUUUACACCUUUAUACCACAUUCUAACCAACCAUUUACAUGCCGAAAAAUACAACACAUAAUCGCACACUUCAUACAAAAUCAGGUUUUCAUCUCACAAUAAAUAUAACUUCAAGUAAUUUUUAUGUGUAAACAUAAUCGUGUUUUAAUGUCAACACCUGAUGAACAAAAAUUAGUACAAAAAAACCCCCAGUAAAUUCACACUGUGCACUUGGUGUGUAGUGACUUUUUUUUUGGUAAUACGAUUACAUCACUCGUACGUAUUUCAAUAAGAAAAUGUCCUUCAGUGUCACAUUCGUGGUAAAGCAGUAAGUCCUUGCAGCGAGGCGGCACAUUGUCGGCUCCUUUCUUGCAUAGCUGUGCUCUCACAACAGAGAAGUAAUCUCAUCUUGGAUCUGCGUGAUCAGGAUGUGGGACAGCACGACGCCUGCAAUCUGGAGAACAGCAACGGCAUUCAGUUAAUGAACUCAGCAGCGCCCCCUGCUGUGUCUAACAGUGGUAAUAAUAAAGUAAUAAUUUUUUGCUAAAGUCAACUGACUUGUAUAAUAGUUGGAUAACUAUUACACAGGUGUGUGUGUGGGGGGGGGGGGGGUACAAAAUUAUAUCCAGUCAACUGUGUGAGGCGCCAAAAUGGGGAAUUGGAACAGAAAGCUGCACGUAAAAGCAGAGUUGUCUGGAAUAAAAGGAUUAAUGUUUGCUUCCGAGAAGUUAUUCGUAUGUAAAGAUAGUAUUUGCCCUAAUGCUGAAGUCUCUCUUCCAUAUGUCGCUUGAUUCUGAUUUCUCACUUGUAAGUCGCUUUGGAUAAACGCAUCAGCGAAAUGAAUGAACGUUCAAAGGCAAUAAAAACAUGGAGAGAGCACAAAAAGGGACUUGGCUGUUCUGCACGCAGCAGCGCCGUGGACAAAACCUUUAGACAUUUAAAAUAAAAAAAACAUUUGUGCAAACACCAGAAUGCACAGCUGCAUGUAAGCUAGACUGCCAUGACUGUCUUGUGUGUCGGUACUUUAUAGGAUGAAGGAUGAUUAUUGUGAUUGUUAGGUCUUUGCUAAACGUUUUCCAAAAUGACAGUGUGGUUUCCAAUAAUAAACAGUUGCAACGUGUCACUGGUUGUUCUGACAAUUCUAUGUUGUGCUUUGGUUUUAUUUGUUGGCAUGGUGAUUGCAGAUGGUCGCCCCAAUCAGUCUGGACUACUUGAGGUUUCUUUCUAUAAUCAAAAAGCAUCUGAGAGAGUUUUUCCUUAUGGCUAUUGCCAAUGUGCCUGCCCAUUGGGUGGGUAAGGGUUAAAACUUGCUGGUGUAUCGCACCUUGGUGGGUCUAUGUUUUGAUUUGGCACUGUACAAAUUGAGUAUAGUUGUCUUUUGAGGCCCUUAGCCAAUUUCUACCAAUCAGUAUGCAAAUGAAGGUCAACAAAACUCCACUUGUUUAUUUGUUAAAGGUCAAGGUCAGUGAUGUCAUAGUCAAGGAAUUAGCUUUUCAACAGGAUUUCCACCAAACCUUACACAUAUUUUGAGGUGGAUUCCAGAAUUGCUCAAGAGUGAUCAAAGAUCAGCCACUGGGGUCAGUGUUAUUUCUGUUUGUUUGUUGGCUGACACCUCUCAGGUCCUUUGCUGGAUUUCGACUAAACUGGUAUUUUCUACUAAAUCUGUUAUGAAGAUAAACUUAGGAAUUUCUCUCAAAGGGGCAAUUUUGGAAAAGGUCAAAGUCAUUGUGUCAAGGAGUUCAAUUUUUAUCCCUCUGGUAUGAAAUAAGGGGGAUAUAGCGAUCAGCAUGUCCGUCCGUCCAUCUGUCUGUCUGGUUUUGUGUGUUAGCAUGAUAUCUCAAAAACCAGUUGACCAAUUUCAUUCACAUUUAGCAUAAGGGUGGACUUGGAUGAUCCCUAACACUUUGUAUUACUGAUUUGUGGGAAUCGGGGGAGAUACGUCAACUCCCGAUGACUCAUGUUUUUUAUGGCUUGGUAGACCUAAGGUCAAUCAUUUGGGUAAAGAUCAAGAUCACUGGGGGUCAAAGGUCAGAUUUUCACCAGAAAAUGAAUUGAUGGAUACUUAUACUACCAUUUCCGUUGGCGUCAUCAUGGCCACACGUACAGCUGCCUAGUCACAGUAAUUUCCAACACAUAUCUAGACUCUUAAAACACAACAGUUAGAGUACAGUUGUGACUUCAUGGUUGAAAAAUUCUGAAGAAAUGAUCAGGAAGUAUUUUCCUUACUGUGAAAACUUGCAAAUUCUGCAGCAAAACAAAGUUAAAAAACCUUUUGGUUAAUUAAGAGUUUGAUUUAAAUUUGCCUCAGUAGACAAAUCUAGCAUUAGUGGUUUAGUGAGGAUGUGAUUCUCACUCAUUAGAUGUGCAAAGGGGGAAAAAAAAAACCUCAUAAGACUUGCUGCACAUCAAAGCUGGUGGAAUAUUAAUGCAAUUGUUUUGACAGAACUCAUGGGUAAUUCACACUGCAUGGUUCCAUCGGGGACGGCUUGGAGACACGAGAUGAACCUUUAACAGCAGUGUGAGAGACAGAAUACAGUGUGACAGCUCCAGAAUUAUUUGGCUGAGUACGACGACUAAUUACAGACAGAUCCUGAUACAUGCUGCUGCUAAUUACAUUUUAUGGCCAAUCACAAGGAGUUUUUUAUAAAUCAUUGAUAUCUGACAUGCGUUUUAUACUCGUGCUCUAUAACAAGGAGCAAAUAGCCAUCUGCUUCCUUGUGCACGUCAUGGUACGUAAUCACAUGCACCCUCUGCCUCAGACACACAUUAACCUGCACUUUUGUUCUUCAACAGUGAUGUAAUAAAAGAAAGAUAUGCAGUU